AUUCCGACUCCUAUGACGCGGUUCCAGCUUCUGCAGCGGCUCUGCCGCCGUGGAUCGCGCCGCGAUAUCCACCAUGGCGGUGAGACCGUAGGAGUCUGGAAUCGGGUGAUCCGUUCGGAAGGCACUGCCUGCGCUGGUGGUGCUGGUAGCACUAGUGCUAGCAGCGCCGGCUUUCGCGGUGGUUGCUCCACCACUAGGAUCAACGGCUGUGAUGACGGAGUAGGGCUCUUCGGUGGAUCUGGACCGUCCGGAUGGGAUAGGUGGUAUCGCGUCGGCGUUGCGAGCACGAUCAGAUCCGAUUCGUUUUUUAGCGUCGGAUGCCGUGACCGCGAAUGGGAGGAAACGAGCGCAGCCGAGUUGGACGAUCCACGUCAGCAGCAGAUCGCCGAUCGUGACCGUUCAGAUUCGAAUGCUGCAUCUCCCGACGUCUUAGCUCGUCAAUUAUUAGGCCUCCCCGUCGUUCCCAAGAGGGUAUUAGGCUUUUCUCCGUCAGAUUCCGACGGGGAACCCGACGCGACGUCCGCCUUCCAAUCAUCCCCCUCCCCGCAUUUCCGCUUUUCCGCGCUCCCGUCUUCCGCCUCCCCCGUCUCUCCGCCCGCUCCUUUCCGCUUCGCCAGUUCCCCGUCCGCCUCGCCUCACCCCGUCCCUUUCCGCUCCGCUCCCUUUACCUCCCCCCUCACCUCCGCACAUUCCUCCGGCGGCUUCCGCUCCGCGUCGCAUGGUGCUGGAUUUCACUCCGCGCAUGGUGCAUCUAGAAACCUCGCCUUCUCAGCCGCCGGAUUUCACUCCUCCGCCCUCUCCCCGAAUGGCGCCGGAACCGGCGCCGCCUCUGGCGCUAGUCGUGGCCCUAGCGACGUUAACGACGGCAGCGGCAGCUAUAAUACCAGCGACAGUCAGAUUUCAACCGGUGGCGAAUCUUUUUUGACUGACUUGCCGCCUCCCUCCGGUGCUGACGUCAGCGGUGCUGUACUGGGCGAAGGCGCUGCUGGCGUCAUCGGUGCUGCCACGUCGGACGUGGGGGUGACGCUGGCGUCUGAGCUGGCAGCGGCGGCGGCGCACUGCUCGGCGCCCAUCGCCAUGUUGCAGCAGCUGAUUGGCGCAGUGCAUGACGUGGCAGGCCUGCCGUGGUGGCUCUCCAUAGCAGCGGCUACAGUGGGAAUCAGGCUCGUCCUGCUGCCGGCGUUCAUCUACCAAGUCAGAUCAACGGUCAAGAUGGCGCUGAUCAAACCGGAGAUGGAGCGGCUGCUCAACAAAGUCAAAGCGGCGGGCUAUGACACGGACGCGGUGACUCACUACAAUGGCAAGAUGCAAGCCCUGUUGAAGAAGCACAACACCACGCCCUUUGCGCCGCUGCUCGGGAUAUUCCUGCAAGCGCCCGUCUUCAUCGCCUUCUACUUUGCUAUCACUGGAAUGGCAGAGCACAUGCCAUCCUUUGCUACAGGCGGUGCCCUCUGGUUCACGGACCUCACAACGCCCGACCCGCUGUAUCUGCUGCCACUCAUCUCCUCUGCUGGGAUACUGGCAGCUGUUGAGCUGAAUGCAGCAGAGGGCAUGGAGGGAGCGCCCAAUGCAGCUCAGAUGAAGUGGUUCAUGCGGGGACUUGCUGUGACCAUGGUGCCGCUUACUGUCACAUUCCCUAAGGCUGUGUUCUGCUACUGGAUCACCACCAACGCCUUCUCUCUUGUCCAAGGCCUUGCAUUUAAGCGGCCCGGGGUGCGGAAGGCUCUUGGAAUCCCCAUAAUUAAGCCUCCAUCGUCCACUUCGUCCCCUGAGAGCGCCUCUUUGGGGUUGCCUGUGACACAAAAGUCUGCUCUUCCGCCAAAAGCAGCUGUAACGACGAGAGGGAACACAAGGCGACCGCCAUCAAAACGGAGAACAAGGUGAUAUAGUCGAGUGAUUUUUGACACUGCACCUCUUUUGAAAAUGGUGGCAGUUUGUAGAGAUAGGCUAUUUUUUUUUUAUAGCUAUCUUUACAUGAGCCUAAUAUGCCGGAUAGCUGAUAGCGGCUCUCGCCAGCCCAUGUGACAUGUCACGAACACAAUGGGUAUCCGCUGCCACGUCACCACGAUGCGUUCGACAGAUCCGUGAGGCUGCCACCGUGGAUUUCCUUGCAGACACAGUGGAGAUGACAAGGCUGACCUUGAAAAAGGAGCGCGUUUAUAAUGAACAGCGAUUGCGAAGUCACA